AAGGUAACAUUGGUUUUCAUUUUCAUGAUGGCAGAUUUGACUUGUGUGAUGUUUUGGUUUUUUUAAUUUUAACUCGAAAUAUUUUUUAUAUUAACUGAUGCAACGUAAUUCCUCGGAAGAAAUCAAAUACGAAUCCUAUAAUCGAAAAAUGAUUACGUAUAUUUAAAAAUGAAGUAUUCUGUAGUGUGAAAUAAUAUAUUAUGUCUGAUGAUACUACGAGGACGUGAAUGUUAUAAAAUGCCGUGCGAAAGCUGUGCGGUGCAGUUCAGCGUAUUUAAAAGGAAACGAGCUUGUUCAGAAUGUGAACGAAACUACUGCAGCGGGUGCUUGCGGAGAGGUGGUGGUACAAUGUGUGGGCCCUGCAGGGUGCUUUCUACUCGACCCCUAUACAGGCAGAGUAUCUCCCAUUUAAAAGUUCGUGACCUCCAAUACUUCCUUCAACGACAGAAUGUAUCCACCAGAGGCUGCGUCGAAAAGGAGGAGCUAGUGAGCCUGUGCGUGUCGCACGUCAACAGCGCGGCGUACCGGCGGCGCGGGCCGCGCGCGGGCGCCAGCCCCUUCAGCUCGCUCAAGGGGCUCACCACCAACAUCAACGACUUCAUCAACUCCGCCUUCGACCUGCGGAACCCGGCGCACCCGGCACCGCCCGCCGACAGAAGCAGCUGCUUCAACUCGUCGCACGCACACUCGCCCACCAACGGGACCGCGGCCGACGCCAACAUCCCCGACCGGCGCUUCACACCGACGCCAGGCGGCGAACGGGACGUACGAGUCUCCGCGCCCGAGACGGAGCCGGCGGCCGAGCGCGGGGCGGCGGCCGACGCCGAGCGGGAGCCCGAGGUGCCCGUCGACACCACCGACUGCUUCGAGAUCGAAGACCUGGACGACACCGGCUGGGAGUUCAUCACGCGGCCCGCCGCGCCGCUGCCCAACGACUCGGAGGUGCUGCUGGCGGCGCUGCGCGGCUCCCCGCGGCGCGCGGCGUCCGAGCUGGAGCUGCACACGCCCGACGGCAGCGCGGCCUCCGCCGGCAGCGCCAGCCUGCAGGACGAGCCGCAGCUGCGCGACCCCGCCGGCCCCGACGCCCCCGACCUGGGUGACCAUAGUCCGAGGCACCUCACGUUGGAACAGAUAAAGCAGGCGACGGACCUGGACCUCCUGAGCGUGAAGCAGCUGAAGGAGCUGCUGACGAGGAAUCGCGUCGAGUUCCGCGGCUGUCUCGAGCGGAAGGACCUGCUCGAGCGCGCCAAGACGCUGUGGGCCAACCACGUCAAGUAUAAAGAUGAAAUCGACAACCUUCCGUUCGAGGAGAGCUGCAAGAUCUGCAUGGCGGCGCCGCUGGAGUGCGUGCUGCUGGAGUGCGGACACAUCGCCGCCUGCACGGCGUGCUCCAAGCAGCUGGCCGAGUGCCCCAUCUGCCGCCAGUACGUCGUGCGCGCCGUGCGCUUCUUCCGCUCCUAGCUCGGCGCCGCCGCCGCCACCGCCGCCCACCACCCGCCACCCGCCACCCACCACUCGACACCCGCCACCACCGCUACCGCCGGCCGGCGCAGGCGCCUGCUAGACUAGACUCGGUUAUGUUUCUAGACUUCCAUUUCUUCCUUUUAAUGAUAUAGUCAUCUAGUGGAUGGCAUGGUUUGUUGCUCUGAACACAUCGAGAAAUAUCGCGAGAAAAUUGACCGCAACGCGCAAGGUGUUUGUUAGCGUACGACGACGUAUAUUUGCAAUAAUUCAUAUCGAUUGUUUAAGUCUUAGUGAAACCCAUUGAAGUCAUUAGAAGUGAUUACAAUCGGAACGUUUUAUUAUACUUAACUUUAUAUAAGAAAAUAGUCAAUUUUCUAACAGUAAUUUACUCAAUGAAAUGUAUAUUUUGGUUCCACUCUGUGACGUUGCUGCAAGUUCGGUUCGUGAGUCGUAAAUCUCACUAACUCGAAGCUCCCGGGAGCUCGGCUGCUAGUUUUUAAAACAAACAGGUAUAUAUUACCAUAUGACGUAUUUGCUAUGAGGUGUUUGUUGCAGACCUACAUUGCGAGGAAACGGUCACGAAGCCUGUAGACUUGGUGGUCACACUGACAAUCGAGUCAGUUGAAUUAUUUGUGUGAUAUCAUAAUGUUUAUAUAAUAGCUGAGCUUGAUCCUUUUUACAAUUAUUUAUUUAGGAAGUCGAAAUUGUUUCAUGUAAAUAUCCACUUUUUAUACAAAAUAUUUUUUUAUAGUAUUUGAUAUAUUUUGAUACGUUUAUCAUUCCUUUAUUCCCGGCGCCCCGUCGCCCUCGCUCCAUUUACAAAUUGUCUGUAUUUUAUAAAUUAGGUGUUUUAAGUUGUAUUUUCCAUAAACACGUGUCAAAUAUGAAUCCAGCGUCUCCGCUCGUAGCGAACUCUCCGCGACGAGCCUCCUGCCCAAAUGUAGAACGAGAGCUCGUUGCUAGAUAAGUUUUUUAAUAAUUCAUUAUAUUAUAUGGGAUUUGUUUGAAUGUAAUAUUUCCUUUUAUUGUUUUUAUAUCUGUAAUUAUUAUUAUUUAUCGUUUAUUAUGUAAGCAAUAAGCGCGUGUCGGUUUUAUGUAAUUAAAAUUCGUACUUUAGAUUGUUUAGAUCGGCGGAAAAUUAGGCUGUGUGACGAUUUAUAUUUUGCCUACUUGAUUUAUCUACUUUAAAGUGUAUUUAUAAACAACACCCGCGGUAGGUGACAGACCAGCAAACGGGGCAACUGGUGGGGUUUUUGCUCAUUGUUAUUAGAAUUAGAUUCCAAUAUCAACCCCCUCCUCGGUACAGCGGCGCUAGCUCCCCGGGCUCGCACUCGCGCCUGUGCGGGGAUGUGUGUGUGCGUGUGUACGUGUGUACCGCCGACCCCACACAGUUCCCGGGAUCGUGUGUGGCCUCAGUGCGAUGCCACUAGCAGUACCAACUGAAUGUGAAUAUCUUUAAUUGUAUUUGAGCAUUUGAUGCGUUAAACCGUAGUUUUGUAGAGAGGGCAUCGCUCCAGUGGUUAUCUUUAAGCGUAAAAUGGACGGGACGGCUCCGUCGGCCGCUGAACAAGAGAUUGAUCUCACGUGUUGUAUUACUAGUUCAUCAAAUUGUUCAAUUGUAAAUAUAUUUGCUUCGAAGGUGUUUUUAGUCAUAUUCUUAUCGUCCAAUUCGAAAGUUCGAGGAAAUACUUUUAAAAUUGUGAUUUUAAUAAUAAAUUAAUAAAAAGAAUUUUAUUUUUAUAUAAAUUGUCUUUGAAAUAUGUUUUUUCUCAAAUGUAAAGGUAGGAAGUGGGUUAACCUGGAAUUGAUUCCUCGGGCGCUCGCGACGCCCGAGUUCGUGUCGUGUCAUCCCGGACUGUUCAACAUCCGUUUGAAAUAUUGUAACAUAGAAUAGUCUGCGAUAAUUUUUUAUAUGAUCAUUAGUGUAAAUACAUCGGACUUCUCGUGUU